AUGAUGUAUGAUAACAUGGGAGAGCACUCAAAAGCACUUUCAUCGUUAGAAAGAUCACUUGAAAUCCGAAAAGUAGCUCUCCCUCCUAAUCAUCCCUCCUUCGCUACUUCCUACAAUAACAUCGCCACGGUGUAUGAUAACCUGGGCGAGUACUCGAAAGCACUUUCAUGGUACGAAAAAUCACUUGAAAUCCAAAAAAUAGCUUCCCAUCAAAAUCAUCCCUCCUUGGCUACUUCCUACAACAACAUCGCUAUGAUGUAUGAUAAAAUGGGUGACUACUCGAAAGCACUUUCAUCGCACGAAAGAUCACUUGAAAUACGAAAAAUAGCUCUCCCUCCGAAUCAUCCCGACUUUGCUCAAUCCUACAAUAACAUCGCUUCAGUGUAUGAUAACAUGGCCGAGUACUCGAAAGCACUUUCAUCGUACGAAAGAUCACUUGAAAUAAAGAAAAUAGCUCUCCCUCCGAACCAUCCCGAUUUGGCUAGUUCCUACAACAACAUCGGUAUGGUGUAUUCUCACAUGGGCGAGUACUCGAAAGCACUUUCAUCGUAUGAAAGAUCACUUGAAACCCGAAAAAUAGCUCUCACUCCGAAUCAUCCCGACUUGGCUACUUCCUACAACAACAUCGCUAUGGUGUAUGUUAACAUGGGCGAGUACUCGAAAGCACUUUCAUCGUUAGAAAGACCACUUGAAAUCCGAAAAGUAGCUCUCCCUCCGAAUCAUCCCGAUCUGGCUCGUUCCUACAACAACAUCGCUUCAGUGUAUUCUCACAUGGGCGAGUACUCGAAAGCACUUUCAUCAUACGAAAGAUCACUUGAAAUCCUCAAAAUAGCUCUCCCUUCGAAUCAUCCAGAUUUGGCUUCUUCCUACAACAACAUCGCUUCAGUGUAUUCUUACAUGGGCGAGUACUCGAAAGCACUUUCAUCGUACGAAAGAUCACUUGAAAUCCUCAAAAUAGCUCUCCCUCCAAAUCAUCCCGACUUUGCCCAAUCCUACAACAACAUCGGCACGGGGUAUUCCCAAAUGGGUGACUACUCGAAAGCACUUUCAUCGCACGAAAGAUCACUUGAAAUACGAAAAAUAGCUCUCCCUCCGAAUCAUCCCGAUUUGGCUACUUCCUACAACAGCAUCGGUAUGGUGUAUUCUCACAUGGGCGAGUACUCGAAAGCACUUUCAUCAUACGAAAGAUCACUUGAAAUCCGAAAAAUAGCUCUCCCAUCGAAUCAUCCCGAUUUGGCUACUUCCUACAACAAUAUCGCUUCAGUGUAUGAUAAAAUGGGCGAGUACUCGAAAGCACUUUCAUCAUACGAAAGAUCACUUGAAAUCCUCAAAAUAGCUCUCCCUUCGAAUCAUCCCGAUUUGGCUUCUUCCUACAACAACAUUGGUAUGGUGUAUUUUCACAUGGGCGAGUACUCGAAAGCACUUUCAUCGUUAGAAAGAUCACUUGAAAUCCGAAAAAUAGCUCUCCCUGCGAAUCAUCCCGACUUGGCUACUUCCUACAACAACAUCGGUAUGGUGUAUUCUCAAAUGGGUGACUACUCGAAAGCACUUUCAUCGCACGAAAGAUCACUUGAAAUACGAAAAAUAGCUCUCCCUCCGAAUCAUCCCGACUUUGCUCAAUCCUACAACAACAUCGCUUCAGUGUAUUCUCACAUAGGCGAGUACUCGAAAGCACUUUCAUCAUACGAAAGAUCACUUGAAAUCCUCAAAAUAGCUCUCCCUCCGAAUCAUCUUGACUUGGCUACUUCCUACAACAACGUCGCUAUGAUGUAUGAUAAGAUGGGCGAGUACUCGAAAGCACUUUCAUCGUCAGAAAGAUCACUUGAAAUCCUCAAAAUAGCUCUCCCUUCGAGUCAUCCCGAUUUGGCUACUUCCUACAACAAUAUCGCUUCAGUGUAUGAUAAGAUGGGCGAGUACUCGAAAGCACUUUCAUGGUACGAAAGAUCAGUUGAAAUCCGAAAAAUGGCUCUCUCUCCGAAUCAUCCAGACUUGGCUCAAUCCUACAACAACAUCGCUUCAGUGUAUUCUCAAAUGGGCGAGUACUCGAAAGCACUUUCAUGGUACGAACGAUCAGUUGAAAUCCUCAAAAUAGCUCUCCCUCCGAAUCAUCCCGAUUUGGCUACUUUCCACAAUAACAUCGGUAUGGUGUACUCUCACAUGCGCGAGUACUCGAAAGCACUUUCAUCGUUAGAAAGAUCACUUGAAAUCCUCAAAAUGGCUCUCCCUUCGAAUCAUCCCUCCUUGGCUACUUCCUACAACAACAUCGCUUCAGUGUAUGAUAGGAUGGGCGAGUACUCGAACGCGCUUUCAUCGUACGGAAGAUCCCUUGAAAUCCGGAAAAUAGCUCUCCCUCCGAAUCAUCCCUCCUUGGCUACUUCCUACAAUAACAUCGGUAUGGUGUAUGAUAACAUGGGCGAGUACUCGAAAGCACUUUCAUCGUACGAAAGAUCACUUGAAAUCCGAAAAGUAGCUCUCCCUCCGAAUCAUCCCGACUUGGCUAGUUCCUUCAAUAACAUCGCUUCAGUGUAUGAUAACAUGGGCGAGUACUCGAAAGCGCUUUCAUCGUAUGAAAGAUCACUUGAAAUCCGAAAAAUAGCUCUCCCUGCGAAUCAUCCCGACUUUGCUCAAUCCUACAACAACAUCGGUAUGGUGUAUUCUCACAUAGGCGAGUACUCGAAAGCGCUUUCAUCAUACGAAAGAUCACUUGAAAUCCUCAAAAUAGCUCUCCCUCCGAAUCAUCUUCACUUGGCUACUUCCUACAACAACGUCGCUAUGAUGUAUGAUAAGAUGGGCGAGUACUCGAAAGCACUUUCAUGGUACGAAAGAUCAGUUGAAAUCCGAAAAAUGGCUCUCUCUCCGAAUCAUCCCGACUUGGCUACUUCCUACAACAACAUCGCUUCAGUGUAUUCUCAAAUGGGCGAGUACUCGAAAGCACUUUCAUCGUACGAACGAUCAGUUGAAAUCCUCAAAAUAGCUCUCCCUCCGAAUCAUGCCGAUUUGGCUACUUUCCACAAUAACAUCGCUUCAGUGUAUGAUAACAUGGGCGAGUACUCGAAAGCACUUUCAUCGUUAGAAAGAUCACUUGAAAUCCGAAAAGUAGCUCUCCCUCCGAAUCAUCC